AUGGAGAAGUUUGCACUCUCAGAAAAGGAGCUGGAAGGGGCCAACCUAGAUGUUGGAGACAUACACCUAGGUAUCAAAGAGUGUCAAGCAAGUCUAGUAGGGAAGAUUAAAGGUGAGAACAUGGUAAACUUUGUAGGGAUGAAAAACUUUGUAACUGCUGCUUGGAGUUACCUUGGAGAGCUUAGCAUAAUGGAACCAGGUCCCAAUCUUUUCCAGUUUGUAAUAUUGGGGGAGGAAGACAGACAAAGAAUCUUAGCUGGAGAACCUUGGGUCAUAGAUAGCCAACUGUUAGUGCUAAGAAACUGGUAUGAUGGAAUUGAAGAGGAUGAGAGUGCCUUUAAUUUGGCACCCUUGUGGGUACAGAUAUGGAAUCUACCAGUUCACUGGAUCUCGAAGGAGAUUGGAAGGAAAAUAGGGAGAGUGUUUCAUGAAGUGAGGGAGGUUAUAAUCCCUCAAGUAGGUGGGAAAGAGGGAAGACACCUGAAAAUGCUAUUAACAGUAGAUAUUUCUCAACCUUUACUGAGGGUACAACUGUGA